UCAACACUUGGGGCGACACAUAUGGCGCCGAUUGUUGAGCACUGGUUUGGGCGCCAAAUGUGAUGACCCGGCGCUCACUCUCUCACCCCUCGGAUCGACCAAUCAUUGGAUUGACUCUUGCAAUGGAGACCUCCUUCGAAGCCGACAUCGAUUUGGACGAAGAGUCGGAUCACUCGACGCAUUCAGUCCACGACUGUGAUCUCCACAAUGAUUACGACAAUCAAAAGCUCUUCAACUUCUUUGAGUCAUAUCUCAACAAAUCGGACAAAACGGACGCCGAAGAAGAGCCCGAUCUGGCGCUCAACGACCACUUCUCUCAGUUUAUGGCC